AUGAUCAGGGUCGAAUUGGUCAAGCAGCUCAGGGCCAUCGCGGGAAGCCCACGCCAUCUUACCCUGGAGCCCGACGCCCAAUUUCUUGAAGGGCUCGGCCUGGAGUCUCCGUUGCAGCUACUUGUGCACAGGCAGGUCCGAGUCUUGGAAAAGACCCGCGAGCUCCAAGGCAAACUCCCGCCACACGAUGUCAGACUCGACCCGGCCCUGUUUGCACAUGAGGAAAGUAUUCUCCAGCAGUUCCAGAAUUUUGUUCAGCCGGACUCAACAACGGGUGCUGCUGCCGACCUGCCCUGCCCUGACUGUGGCAAAUGCUUUCCAACUGCAGCGUCCCUACGCCAGCACCGUGCCAGUGCACACAGGCGAGGAGAGGACAAACCGAGUGGUGAACGUUUUGACCGGCUGCUUCACGGCAAGGACGGCCUCCCGCAAUGCAUCAAUUGCGGGCACAAAUUUCGAUUAUGGGAGGGGCUACAGCGGCAUGUCGAGCUUGGCCGUUGCCAGGCUACAGCAAAAGCUGAGUAUGAGGACGUCCACCCGCCGUUGAUAGCCAAAGUCCUAGAGGAUGAAAUUGUUUUCCCGGAGGUCUUCCAUCAGCUACCGCCCCCGGACCUCAAGACCGAGCUCAACGAGAGGUGUGCACUGUGCCGAACCUGGCUCCCCAAUGAAAACUACAUGAAGGUUCAUUAUGGUCGUGUGCAUCGUGACGAGUGGCAGGCGCAUAGUGGUCGUGUCCGCGUGUGGUGCAUGAACAACCUCCCGCCCAUUAAGGGCACAUGCCGAUGGUGUGGACAUAAGGACCAAGCAGGCAGGGAUCAUCGUGCCACAUGCCCGGCUUUAUUUCAGCUGGCCAUGACUUGGCUCGUGAAUGGAGGUCCACCCGAGGCCGCCGAUGUGACCGACCUGGUUUGUCUUGCAGAUAUUUCCAAGCAGCGCUUCAAAACACACAUGCAGAGACAUCACGGCGAGCUUUGGCGCAACAUGCAACCUCGUGCGCAGCUCUUGUGUGCAGAGUGGACGGGCUCGAUCACCAUUCCCUGCAUGCUGGACACCGAGAUUCAGGAUGUGUUCGCCGGCUGCCUGCCGGCUCUGGCGAAGAUCAGCGCGGUGAACUUUCAGGACCCAUCGGAGUUGGAGGCAACGGGGGACCAGGACAUGCCGAACCGAGGCAAGAGGUCACGACAGGAGCCCGAGAUGAACAAGGACAAGCAGCAUCCGAAGGGGGGCAAAGGCAAGGGCGGACGCCGCGACAACGACGGACGAGGCCGGGGACACAACAGCUGGGGCAGCUGGGACUACAACGGCUGGGAUGCCAACGGCUGGGAUGCCAACAGCUGGGGUGCUCCCCACAAGCAUCCGCGGCCGAACAUGGAACAGCUGGUGGAAGCCUUAUGCAGGCUGACCUUGAAACAGGAGGAGGAGCUGCAACUUAUUCGCACCGAAAAGCAAUUCCUGUUACAUCUAGAGUCCGGGUCACAUGGCCUACUGGCUCCGCUGUGGCAGGUGGCGCAGGCUUGGAAAACGGGACGGGGCAAAACCCCGCCGACGGUUACCAGCUCACUUCGGGUCGCCUUAAUCAAAAGUCUGCUUGCGGAAUGGAUCACCCGCCUCGACAUGAUGACCAAAGACGAGACUACAAUCAAGAAGAUGGAGGCCCAGGGGUGGGUCAAAGUGCAGGGAGAGAAAGAGCUUCAUUGGACAUUCCAGCAAUGGAAUGCGGAGAGCCGCCGAUUGGAACUGGAUGCCACCCGCCCACCAGUCGGAGACACUCAGAUGGUGCAGAUUGCGCACGACCUGCAGCAGCUGGUGUUGACAGGGAAGGAGGACUCAUUCACCGCUUCCACUCGACAAGGAAGCUCACCGAAACGGUGA